UCCACAGCCUGUUAAGUGUUAAGAGCUAGCUGUGGACUAGGACUAGCCACUGAAAAAAAAACCUCUUCUUAAUUUUGUUUGAAUUGGUUUCUUCCUUUUUGUUCACACUCAUGUCAAAAAGAUUCAAUUUUUUUUCAUAGUGGAAUUGCUCUAAAAAGGUCUUCUUGAUUGUGGUGUUAUGGUGGCAUUGUCUUGUUUCUUCCCUUUUGGUUCACACCCUUUUCAAAAGAUCCAAUUUUCCAUAGUGGAAUUGCACUAAAAAUGUCUUGUUGAUUGUGUUAUCAUGGUAAAAUUGCAGUAAAAAAGUCUUCUUGAUGGUGUUUUUCAUAGUAGAAUUGAAGUAAAAAGCUUUCUUGAUUGUGUUUUUAUGGUGGCAUUGUCUUGUUUCUUCUCUUUUGGUUCACACCUCUUUUCAAAAGAUCCAAUUUUUCAUAGUGGAAUUGCACUAAAAAGGUCUUCUUGAUUGUGUUAUCAUGGUGGAAUUGCAGUAAAAAUGUCUUGUUGAUUGUGUUAUCAUGGUGGAAUUGCAGUAAAAAAGUCUUCUUGAUUGUGUUUUCAUAGUGGGGGUGUACUAAAAAAGCUUUUCUUUAUUGUGUUUUCAUGGUGGCAUUGAGGUAAACCUGAAUUGGGCUUCUUGUUUCUUACUUUUGGUUCACACCCUUUACAAAAUAUUCAAUUUUUUCACAGUGGGGUUGCACUAAAAAGCUCAUCUUGAUUGUGUUUUCAUGGUGGCAUUGAGGUAACCUAAAUUGGGUCCUGUUUCUUUCUUCCUUUUAGUUCACACACAUAGCAAAAGAUUCAAUUUUUCAUAGUGGAAUUCUACUAAAAAGCUCUUCUUGAUUGUAUUUUUAUGGUGGCAUUGAGGUAGCUAGACAAAUUGGAUAUUUUUUUUUUCUUCUUUUAGUUCAUUCCCUUGUCAAAAGAUUCAAUUUUUUUUCAUGGUGGAGUUGCACUAAAUAGCUCUUCUUGAUUGUGUUUUCAUGGUGGCAUUGAGGUAAACCUGAAUUGGGUCUUGUGUCUUUUGUCCUUUUGGUUCACACCCUUUUCAAAGGAUUCAUUUUUUCAUAGUGUAGUUGCACUAAGAACCUCUAUUUGACUGCAUUUUCAUAGUGGCAUUGAACUCGUUACGUCCACCUAACUCACACAUCAGGCAUUGGACUCUUACCACUGAACCGAAGCCCCUCGGAGCAUUUCCAAUCUGCAGUCUGUAGGAAAGUUGUUAGCUCAUAUUGCUUCAGCUUUUGUCAAUAUCAUCGAGGGGAUUGGUACUUUGCUUAUUCAGCUGUUUUGAGAUUGAUACUGAGGCAUAGUUAUUGUCGUUGUUGUAACUGGAGAGUAUUUAGAGUUUUAGUUUCCUUGGAGAUUUGGAGUUACGUGUUUAGCGAUAGGCUCUUUAGGAUGGUGAACUUGAGAACAAUGUCAUGGAUGCCUUUGGUUCUAGCAGUAGCUGUGUCCAGCUUUUUGACUCGGGACUCCAAUGCUGCAUUCGAUCCUGCUGAUAAUUACUUGCUCGCGUGUGGAUCAUCAAAAAAUGUGACCUAUAUUGGCCAGACAUAUGUUCCUGAUUUGCUCCAUUCUUCAGUUGCUUUAGAAAGUAAGGAGAAUUCUAUUGCUGCCAUGUCGAAUUCUAGUGCUCCGUUUUCGAUCUAUCAGUCAGCCAGAAUUUUCCAUAGUAUGGCAUUUUACAAGUUUGAUAUUAAGCAAGAAGGCCACCAUUGGAUCCGUCUCUAUUUCUACCCUAUCCCGGGGCACAACUUAACGUCUGCCUCAAUGACGGUGGUCACAGAAAAUUUUGUUCUUUUGAACAAUUUCAGUUUCAAGAGCUAUAAUGGUUCCUACCUCUUUAAGGAAUACGCGGUCAAUGUCAAUUCAGAUAGCUUAAUUCUUGCUUUAAUCCCAUCAAACAACUCGGUUGCAUUUAUCAAUGCCAUCCAAGUUGUAUCAGUACCUGAUGAGUUGAUACCUGAUCAAGCGGUGGCUUUAUCUCCCGUAGCACCUUUCAGUGGCCUUUCUGGACUAGCCCUCGAAGUCGUUUAUCGUCUAAACAUGGGUGGUCCUCAUCUCACUGCUCAAAACGACACCUUGGGAAGAACAUGGGAGAAUGAUGUGAAGUACUUGCACGUCAACAGCUCUGCGGUGAAUGCUUCAGUUAGCCCUUCAAGUAUAAAGUAUCCGGAUACUAUGACUCCGGAAAUAGCACCAAAUUGGGUUUAUGCUACUGCUGAAACAAUGGGAGAUGCAAAUGUACCUAAUGUGAAUUUUAAUAUCACUUGGGUGUUCCCUGUCGAUCCGAACUUCAUGUACUUCAUCCGGGUACAUUUCUGUGAUAUUGUGAGUGAAACUUUAAACAGUUUGUUGUUCAACCUAUACGUUAAUGACGACGCUGCUCUAUUGGAUCUCGACUUGUCAAACUUAGCCGGUAAUUUGGACGUACCGAUUUACAAGGAUUUCGUCUCCAAUUCCUCGGCAAAUUCAAGUGUUCUGACAGUCAGUGUUGGUCCGGACACGAGCUCCAGUUGGAUAAAUGCGAUUAUGAACGGACUGGAAAUCAUGAAGAUAAGCAACGAAGCCAGAAGCUUGAGUGGGAUUCAAUCUGUCGAGACUCUCUUCGUGUUGCCUCACAAAAAGAACAAGUUAGGUGUCAUUCUUGGUUCUGCCUUAGGAGCAUCAGCUGUUUUGGCGCUUAUUGUGUUGUGUUGCUGCUGCUUUAUAGCUCGAAGAUCAAAGACUUCCAAUCAAGGACAAUCGUGGAUUCCGUCCUUGUAUGGAAACUCUUUAACUCUGACGAAAACAACACUUUCUCGGAAGAGUGGAACAGCGAGCUGCCUCUCCUUGGCUUCACCGAAUGUUGGACGAUUCUUUAGCUUCCAGGAAAUAAUGGAUGCAACUAACAAAUUCGACGAAAGCUUGCUUCUUGGUGUUGGUGGUUUCGGUAGGGUCUACAAAGGAACAAUGGAAGACGGGACUAAACUUGCUGUCAAAAGAGGAAACGCGGGAUCUGAACAAGGUCUAGCUGAAUUUCAAACCGAGAUUGAAAUGUUGUCCAAACUUCGCCACCGUCACCUUGUGUCUUUGAUCGGCUAUUGCGAUGAAAGAUCGGAAAUGAUUCUUGUUUAUGAAUACAUGGCAAAUGGCCCUCUCAGAAGCCAUCUUUAUGGAACAGAUCUCCCACCUCUCUCGUGGAAGCAGCGUCUUGAGAUUUGUAUCGGUGCUGCCAGGGGGCUGCAUUACCUCCACACUGGCGCGGCUCAGAGCAUCAUUCACCGUGAUGUCAAAACAACCAACAUACUCUUGGACGAUAACUUCGUGGCUAAAGUUGCUGACUUUGGUCUUUCUAAAGCCGGACCAGCUCUUGAUCAGACACACGUAAGUACUGCUGUUAAGGGUAGCUUCGGAUACCUUGAUCCUGAAUACUUCCGGAGGCAACAACUCACAGAGAAAUCGGAUGUCUAUUCAUUUGGCGUUGUCCUAAUGGAAGUUCUCUGCACCAGACCAGCAUUAAAUCCGGUCCUCCCACGCGAGCAAGUUAAUAUAGCCGAGUGGGCUAUGAUUUGGCAAAAGAAAGGUAUGUUGGAUCGGAUAAUGGACCCGAAUCUUGAAGGACAGGUGAAUCCAACCUCCCUGAAGAAGUUUGGUGAGACAGCUGAGAAGUGUUUGGCUGAGUACGGAGUUGACAGACCUUCCAUGGGGGACGUGUUAUGGAAUCUUGAAUACGCCCUUCAGCUUGAAGAAGCUUCGUCAGAAUUGACAGAGCCUCACGAUAACAGUACAAACCAUAUCGCUGGCAUACCAUUGACACCAGUUGAGCCGUUCGACAACAGUGUUAGCAAUAUCGAAGGGAUAGUUAACUCAGGAACAGACGAUGAUGCAGGGGAUGCUGCUACUAGUUCCGUUUUCUCUCAGCUGGUAAAUCCACGCGGAAGAUGAGAAGAAAUGAUCCCUCGUCUACACGUGCUCUCAAAUCUCAAGUCACUUGACAUCCCUCUUAUGAUUAAUAGUAUUGAAUCAAAUUUUCCCUACUAAAAUGUUUUCGAGUGUGUAAUGUAUAUGAUUGGUGAGCGUAUACGAUGAAAAUUGUCGUAUAAAUACUUCAAAACCAUUAUAGUUGUAUCCAUUCAUCGAUAAUAUAUACUAAGCAUAUAUUGCCAUC